UCAGCCAAUCGACUUCGGACAGGUCGGAAGGGAGGGAGACAAAGUAGCUGGCAAGAUGGCGGCGGCCCUGGGCGGGAGAAGUGGCGGCGGUGGCGGUGGUGGAGCUGGCGGUGGCUCUGGUGUCGGGACAGGCAGCAGCCGCAGCGGCUUGUUGGAUAAGUGGAAGAUUGAUGAUAAACCUGUAAAAAUUGACAAAUGGGAUGGAUCUGCUGUGAAAAAUUCUUUAGAUGAUUCUGCCAAAAAGGUACUCCUGGAAAAGUACAAAUAUGUGGAGAAUUUUGGCCUAAUCGACGGUCGCCUCACCAUCUGUACCAUCUCCUGUUUCUUUGCUAUAGUGGCUUUGAUUUGGGAUUAUAUGCACCCUUUUCCAGAGUCUAAGCCAGUUUUGGCUUUGUGUGUCAUAUUCUAUUUUGUGAUGAUGGGGAUUCUAACCAUUUAUACCUCAUAUAAGGAGAAGAGCAUCUUUCUUGUGGCUCACAGGAAAGAUCCUACAGGGAUGGAUCCCGAUGAUAUUUGGCAACUGUCUUCCAGUCUCAAAAGGUUUGAUGACAAAUACACCCUGAAGCUGACCUUCAUCAGUGGGAGAACAAAGCAGCAGCGGGAAGCCGAGUUUACCAAGUCCAUUGCAAAGUUUUUUGACCAUAGUGGGACACUGGUCAUGGAUGCAUAUGAACCUGAAAUAUCCAGGCUCCAUGAUAGUCUGGCUGCAGAAAGAAAAACAAAAUAGCUAAUUCUAAGAGCAGUCCUCUUUGUGUUGGAUCAUGCUGAAUUACUGGGUGGGUAGGGUGAAGAAACAGAACUUAAAAUGAGUAAAAUAAGAAUUGUUAAAAACAUCCCUGUUUUGUCUUGAAAUUUUAGUCCAUUCUGGAUAGGUAGGAUUUUCUAGUGCAGAUAUGAGACGUAGUUCUGGUGUCUAGCUGUAGCUUCCUUAGUCUGCUGUGUUGUUUUGAUUUGCUUUUCUGGAAAGGCAUUUUUUCUGGAAGCUAUCUAGAAUUUUCCUGUCAUACCUAGCACUAUUUUACAUAGUAUAGCUUUGUGCCAUGCAACAUUUAAAGACUCAGUUUUCUAAAAUUAUUAACCUGUUAACUUUAUGUUAAUUCCUGUUUCAGCAACUGUUUCCCUAAAGAAUUCAGGAUACAACUUGUGUAUGACAGCUUUCUGUUACCACACCAUUUUUGUGGGUGUGUAUAUGUCUGACUUGGGGAAAAUUUUUUUAAAAAGCUUUUCAAUUUGUUUAAAACAAAUUUGCCUGUCACAUUUUGUGCACUUAACCAAUUAAAGAAACCAGUGACAUUUUUAAUUUUGUUUUGUCUGUGUUUUCCACUGGUAUAUCCCUGUUGAUUUGUUCAUGCCUUUUAUUAACUACCAUUUUCUAAAAUGUUUUUUCAAUAAAAGGAAAGAUGUGAAAAAAGUCAUAGUCUUGAUGGAAGGAACAGAGCAGCAAGUAUUACAGAUUUUACUAUUACCAUAGGUGUUUUUUAGUCUCUAGGCUGCUUCACUAUUCAAAGGCCCCUGAGAACCUUAGCUAAGGACCUAAUCAUAACACUCAGUACUUCGUUCCUACCCCAUAAUUUACAUGUAUUAACUCAUUAAUGCUCACAGCAACUCUAAAAGGUAGGUGCUAUGAUUAUCCCCACUUCACAGAUGAGGAAGAAGAGACAUGUAAGUUGAAUAACCUGUUACAUAGCUAAUGCUAGUAUGGGGAUUUAAACCUGGGUAGUCUAAUCCCAGAGUCUUAUGUUCCCGCAAACAACACAGCAGCAUCUUUUCUAGUAUUU